AUGGCUGCUGGUUCUGUUCUCGUCACCGGAGGAACGGGCUAUAUCGGGUCCUUCACGGCCCUGGCCUUGCUCGAGGCUGGCUACAAAGUCAUCAUUACCGACAACCUGUACAACUCCUCUGCUGAAGUCAUCAACCGCAUUGAAUUGAUCAGCGGCAAGAGGCCCGAGUUCGUCCAGGCUGAUAUCACCGACCCAACUGCUUUCGACAAGGUCUUUGAGACGUACCCCGACAUUGACAGUGUCAUUCACUUUGCUGCCCUCAAGGCCGUUGGCGAGUCCGGCGAGAAACCCCUCGAUUACUACCUCGUCAACGUCUAUGGCACUAUCAACCUCCUCCGCGCCAUGCAAAAGCACAAUGUCUACAACAUCGUCUUCUCGAGUUCUGCUACCGUCUACGGUGAUGCCACCCGCUUCCCCGACAUGAUCCCAAUCCCCGAAGAGUGCCCUCUCGGCCCUACCAACCCUUACGGAAACACCAAGUUCGCUGUCGAAACCGCCAUUACGGAUUUCAUCAAUGCCCAGCGAAACAACCUCAUCAAGGCUGGUAAAGCCGAUGAAGCUGCGAAAUGGAACGCCGCUCUGCUGCGUUACUUCAACCCCGCUGGUGCCCACCCAAGCGGCAUCAUGGGCGAGGAUCCUCAGGGUGUCCCAUACAACCUGCUUCCUCUGUUGGCUCAGGUUGCCACUGGCAAGCGCGAGAAGCUUUUGGUAUUCGGUGAUGACUACGACUCUCGUGAUGGCACCGCCAUCCGUGACUACAUCCACAUCUUGGACUUGUCCAACGGCCACUUGAAAGCCCUCAACUACCUGCGCUCCAACCACCCUGGCGUGCGCGCAUGGAACCUGGGAACCGGUCGUGGCAGCACUGUGUACGAGAUGAUCAAGGCUUUCUCGACAGCUGUCGGCAAAGACCAGCCAUACGAAGUUGCUCCUCGUCGUGCAGGUGACGUUUUGAACCUCACCUCCAACCCAACCCGCGCCAACAAGGAGCUCGGCUGGAAGACUGAGCGUACUCUCGAACAAGCCUGUGAGGAUCUCUGGCUGUGGACCAAGAAUAAUCCUCAGGGAUACCGUCAACAACCACCAGCUGAGCUCCUCGAGGCUUUGAAGAAAUAA